AUGGAGAACCCCCAAAAUUCUACAAGUCCAACCCAGACUUCGGCCUCUCCAAAACCUUUGUCUAUGCCAAUGGGCACCCCCGCCGUGCCUUCCAGCCAAGCUGCUACUCCUACUACCACGACCUCCAUGGCUACCCAAUCCAGCCUGCCCAAAUCUGUUGAACCCGUGGUCCCGGCAUUUGUUCAACCUGAUCUUGACAGUCGGCCUGUCUCGCCAUUGGCUCAACCUACUUCCGCUCCUGUACCGCAAGUCAAGAAGAGUCCUUCGCCAAGCACCAAUGUCCAACCAUCGGUCAAUACCACAGUCGUUACUCCAAGCACACCAGUCACCAAGACCGUCGCUCCUCACCCUGCCUCCAAGCAACACAUGUCUGCUGAUAUUACUAGCCUCAACACUACUGCCCAAAACAAAAUUCCAUUUGGAGCAAGCUCAAAUUCUAGCCAGCCUGAGAAGUCUGGGGAACUUGAACUACCCCAGCCCGUGAUGUAUAUCAUUAUCGCAGGCAUCGCUUUGGCUGUGUUUUUGGCAGGAUUUUUCAUCUGGUCGUGUGUUCAAAAGCGCAAAAGAAACCGUACCCGCAAGAUAUCAUUUACGAUGUCUCAAGCUUCUGAAAAAGAAUGGGGCACUACUAAGGAGAUGGCUGAAGGAAUGGAAAACGUUUACCGACACUCAAUAAUCACGUACGACCCCAAGGCGCAGUCGAAGCUUCUCUAUGAAGACCUGGACUUCGGCCCUCUCAUCACCUCUCAAAUUUCAAGCCAAAAAGAACUGAAUCAAUACAAGAAAGACACGAUCGUCUGUCUGACUGAUGUGUAUGGAAGCACUAAGGGAUGGAAUGGCUCAGAAUUUGACUACUUGAUGACCUCACCAAGUCAAUUCGCCCCAGUGAGUGCCCCUCCGGGCUUCAUACGAACCAGUCCCGAACAUAUAGCUUCGCUACCCAAGGCACUGCUCACCGGGAACCAUCUAACGGGUACGGGUCACCAACAGACGGUCCCAGGUUUCCGCCCUUACGCGUCGCCAUCAGGCCGAUUGUUGGUCCAACCGCUCUCUUCCAUCAAGAUGAGCCCGGCUGAAGCCUCCAAUGAGCUCCAAAAGAUCGUCAACGCUCAAAGAAACUACGAGGACUCGUUCGACAAUACCUUCGACUCUCCACAACUCUCGGGAACCUACGAUGAUACUCCCAUUCAAACCAACCCUGAACAUUUUCCUGUCCUUUUGGGAAGCUUCCCUGCUGCGCGUAAACUAUCUUCCGCCUUUUUACCCGGGGCCGAUAAGAGCUUGCCUAAAGAAGCCAUUCAACUUCCCCUCCCCAGGUAUAAUUUGAAAGAGACCUCUACUCGAAAUUAA